ACGCAAGCAUUAUUGCCGUCUUCAAACAUCGAUAUCGCUAUUGACCAAACUAUCACAAACUGUUUUUGCCAUACUGGCUUGUUUGAUUAUGAAAUAACUGCUUCUACCCGUGAAGUUCACCCAAAUGAUGAAGAUUUAUCUGUUCUCACAGAGUUGGAGGAAUCACUCAAAACGUUGUCUCCUCACCACCCUAUGAGCCUUGCUCAUUAUACAAAUCCACCAGAAGAGAUAGAUUUGGUACAUCAAGAAUUUACAGAUGCUGACUUAUUAGCAUCAACGACCCCAGAAAAUGACAAUGAUGCUGAUGAUAUAAAUGAUAGUAGUUCUUCUUUUACUACACCUUCAAACUCU